CGGCAGGAUCGUCUGGAGGGACUAAAAUUCUACGAUGGACAACGAAAAACAAUCAUCGGUUUAACUUCCCACCAAGUGAGUCUCUCCCCAUCCACACUCUCUCAAAUGGGCUUUCACGUUCUCAGAGCCCCUCCUUUCUCUUCCUCCACCACCAUAAUCUUCAAACCCACUUCUUCCCUCUUCAAAUUUCGCUAUGCUCGCUACUCUCCACCCUUUUCCAAAUCUUCCUCCUCCUCCAUUUCCUAUUUCCUACCUUCUUCUCCCAAUUAUGUUGCUUCUCCCACCACUGCAAUUCCACUUUCUGGGUCUUUUUCUCGGAGUACUCGUCGUUUUCGUGGUGGGUUUAUUGCUGCUACAACUGCCUCUGGGUCAGUCCAAAGAUUGGAGGAAUUGAGGCCUUCUAUUUCCACUGAGCAAUCUUGGGUUCUGAGACAAAAUGGGACUGAAUCCUUACCAGCUUCUGAUGUGCCUUCAAGAGGUCGUGUUUAUCAUGAAACCUAUGGAUGUCAAAUGAAUAUUAAUGAUAUGGAGGUUGUUCUAUCUAUCAUGAAAAAAGCUGGAUACGGUGAAACUGUUGACACUCCUGAGACUGCAGAGAUCAUUUUUAUCAACACUUGUGCUAUCAGGGACAAUGCUGAACAGAAGGUGUGGCAGAGACUUAAUUACUUUUGGUUUCUGAAGAGACAAUGGAAAAGUAAUGUUGCUACCGGAAGAUCACAGUCUCGACAUCCUCCUAAAGUAGUUGUUUUGGGGUGUAUGGCUGAGAGGUUGAAAGAUAAAAUACUAGAUUCAGACAAGAUGGUUGAUGUAGUUUGCGGACCUGAUGCUUACAGAGAUCUACCAAGAUUAUUGGAUGAAGUAGAUUAUGGUCAGAAGGGAAUAAACACACUUCUUUCCCUUGAAGAAACUUAUGCUGAUAUAAGUCCGGUACGAAUAGCCAAAAAUUCAGUCACUGCAUUUGUAUCUGUGAUGAGAGGUUGCAACAAUAUGUGCUCAUUCUGCAUUGUUCCUUUUACCAGGGGCAGAGAGCGGUCACGUCCUGUUGAAUCAAUUGUGUGUGAGGUUAAAGAACUUUAUAGAGAAGGUGUGAAAGAGGUAACUCUUCUUGGUCAGAAUGUUAACAGCUAUAAUGAUACCACUGAGAAUGCAGACAUAGAACCAGGAACUAAUUGGAAACUCAGUGAUGGAUUUUCCACCAUAGCCAAGGUUAAGAAAAUGGGUUUGCGUUUUUCUGAUCUCUUAGAUCGUCUAUCCACUGAAUUUCCUGAGAUGAGGUUUAGAUACACAUCUCCACAUCCUAAAGACUUUCCGGAUGAAUUCCUUUAUUUAAUGCGAGACAGACACAACAUUUGCAAAAGCAUCCAUUUACCUGCUCAGAGUGGGAAUAGCAUAGUACUUGAAAGAAUGCGUAGGGGAUACACCCGAGAGGCCUACUUGGAUCUUGUGCACAAGAUUCGAUCAAUCAUUCCAGAUGUGGGAAUAACGAGUGAUUUCAUUUGUGGUUUUUGUGGGGAGACCGAAGAGGAACAUGCGGAUACCCUGAGUUUGAUUAAUGAAGUUGGUUACGAUAUGGCUUACAUGUUUGCAUAUAGCAUGAGGGAAAAGACUCAUGCCCAUCGGAACUAUGUCGAUGACAUUCCAGAGGAAGUGAAGCAGAGAAGACUUACUGAACUCAUUGAAGCUUUUCGAAACAGUACAGGACGGUGUUAUGAUUCACAAAUUGGUAGUGUCCAAUUGGUGCUUGUGGAAGGACCAAACAAGAGAGCCCCAGAGACAGAAAUGAUCGGCAAGAGCGACAGAAGUCAUAGAGUUUCGUUUGUUAAUGUUGCAGUUCCACAUCGAGAUGGUGAUUAUGAUGGACAUCGGAAAGCAGUGGUUGGUGACUUUGUCGAAGUCCGUAUAUCAAAAUCGACCAGAGCAUCAUUGUUUGGAGAGGCUCUUGCCAUUACAAAACUCAGCUCAUUCUACAACCGUAUGGAUGAAUCAAUUGCCUGCGUGAGCUGAAAUUCUAAUGAAUUUAGACCAUUUUUUGUUUUUCUAAAAUGGUGUUGCUUUAGUCUUCAACUACCUCUUUAAUACCCGAGGGGUGCUUUAUUGUUAUUAUUAUUUUGUUUUUGAUUAGAUUAUCAUUGCACCUUUCUGAAUGUACAAAAAUAUAAUUGUAGGUUUGGUUAAUUGUGAUUUAUGAAAUGAGAGGAAAUGCUGAGCUUUCAGCAAUGAAA